AAGUAGACAAAAUGGUAAAGCGAGUCCUGGUUGGCUAUGGCAUUGACGUCGAUGCCGUGAGUGGGUGGAUCAACACCUGCUCAGGUGCACGUGCCGGACCAACCGACGUAUCUCGAGGUAUCUUUGGCGCAACGGUUGGAAUCGAUCGCAUCCUGAAAUUGCUGGACAAGUACGAUAUCAAAGCAACGUGGUUCGUCCCAGGACACUCGGUGGAAUCGUUUCCGGGCCAGCUGAAGAAAGUCCGCGACGGUGGACAUGAGAUUGGUUUACAUGGAUACUGCCACGAGUUUGUUGCUACCCUGGGCGAGCAGCAGCAGCGCGAUGUGAUGGGCAAGUCAAUUGACGUCCUUACGAAAUUCACUGGCAAGAAGCCCAGAGGAUGGACUGCACCGGCGUGGGACACUUCGAAGCAGACAAUCAAGGUUCUCGAGGAGUUUGGCAUCGAAUAUGACCAUUCCUUCAUGCACCAUGACUGUCAGCCCUACUACGUCCCCAACGGCGAGGAAAGCUGGAAAGAAACAGACGUCAAAAACGCCGCCUCGACCUGGAUGGAGCCCAUGUCCAAGCUCACUCCCAGCAAAAUCGUGGAGAUCCCAGCAAACUGGCACCUGGACGACUGGCCUCCUUUCGUGGUCAGCUUCAAGGCACAUACUGCUCAGGGAUAUGUAAGCCCUGAUGUUAUUGAGAAUCUGUGGAAGAAGCAGUUUGAUUACUGCUAUCGCGAGUACGACACGUUCAUCUUCCCCAUGACUAUCCAUCCGCAGGUUAGUGGCAAGCCGCAGGUUAUCCUGAUGCAUGAGAACAUCAUCGAGUAUAUCAAUUCGCAUGAGGGUGUGGAGUGGGUGACGAUGGAGCAGAUGGUGGAUGAAUUCAAGAAUGGGAAGAUUCCGGGGGCGGUUGUGGAGGGGGGUGUUUAA